CCGAUUUGUUUACUCUACCAUCAGCCUUACCUUAUUUACACUCCGCCUUUUCAGGUGGUGCCAGCAUAUCUGCCGAAAAACUACAUAAACGGCACUUCCACUCUUCAAACACUCUCUUUCAACAUGCCAUCAUGGCUGCAGUUCAGCCUCGUACGCGGUCUGCCCGCUUAGUGGCCGGCUUCACCAACAAAUCUACUCAACAUGCACCAGCAGCGGCGCCAAGUCCUCAUGUUCACCAUGGACCCCCGGCGCUGUCGAUUUUUUUGACCAAUUUGAAUCUUUUGGACCUCGAUCAACAUGAGGAUUGGCCUGGUAUUACGGCCCAAACAUUUGCAAGCGGCGGUUCUAGUGCGCAGGGCCUGAAGAAGAGGGUACACUGCGUUGAAUGGGCGCUCUUCCAGCUCUUUGCGCUGUGGGAUCCUGAUGAAACAAAAAAGAAACUCAAACCCUUCUUCCCUCCUCUCGACCAAACUCAAUCGGUCAACCUGCGAGCCGCCCUACUACGAGCUCUCGAGCAAGCAAAGAAGAAUGGUGUCCUCGGAAGGGACGCUAUCGUACGAAAGACAAUGCUGGACGAAUGCCGGGGCGAAAGACUCGAAGAAGUUCUCGCAGCAUUUUCAUCUGCUGUGCUCAAACAUGUUAUUGCUCAAGAGGUCGCAACAAGCGGUGAACAUACAGCACUUGCUCUCGGACUGGCGCUCGAGGACCGCGGAUACAAGAGCGACAACACAGAUCUCAACACCAUGGUUUUGGCGCACAAGGUUGCCAUUAGUCGCAUACUCAACAGCAAGGUGGCCGCCAGUUCAAGGUUCCGCGACUUUGCCGACCUUUUGACAGUCAAGGAGAAGGGCAUUGCGAGAAGAAAAGAAGCACUUGAUGCUCUCGAGGGAGGCAAGACGAUCUCCGAUGAUGCCAGACUGGAGAUGUGGCGGACACUUCGAAACAACUGGUCUGGUAAUGAACGAUGGAUGGAGACGCUACUCUAUGGAGAUGCCAGCGUUAAGAAGGAUGGACUUUUGGGCAUGCCUUUCGAUCGUGUUUGGCGAAGAGUCCAGCAAGGUCGACUGGGAGAACUUGAGGAGUACUCAACAGGUCUCCUGGAACAGCUGGACACUCGAGUUCGUGUACAGAGGGAGCGACUUCAAAAGUGGCAGACCUUUCGCAACAGGCUGUCAGCCGAUCAGCCAAAGCCAUCGCCAUCCAAAGUCAAGCAAAAGGAAAAGGAAAACGGCAUCGAUUUUGGGUUUGGUGCUCACGAGGCACUUCAUCUUGGGAGAGCCAGCCCUAAGAAGGCGACUUUCGGCAAACCAAAGCUUAUCAACGAGUACGAGGAUCUUGUGACCAGUCUCAGCCAGGAGUUGCAGAGCACAAAGCCUCAGAAGUCUUCAGCUCUUGACUUUUUGCAGCGCCCUGCUUCUCAGAAUACACCAGUAAUCAAUGCCCCGGCCCCCGAACCUCAAGAAGAAGAGGAAGAGGCGAUCAGCGAACUUGAAGAUGAGGAUGGGUUUGCUGAAACCCCGAUUCAGUCUUUCAAGUCCAAGCUCGACAAGUCAAGAAGGCUUCCAGUGCGCCCUAAGCUUGCUCAUACGGAUGACUCUUUUGCUUCGGUCUCUUCGCGCGCCAGAAAUCUGCGCAAGCCAUCUGAGGACGAAGCUCGUAUUCUUCGUGCCUCGUCAGUUGAACGGACGAGUUCACCCGAACCUGAGGAUGAACCUGUCGCAGCUUCUCCACGACCUGAGUAUGAUGUUUCACCUCAGUUGUCACCUCAUAUGUCGCCUCAACCGUCGCCUCCCCCAUCACCUCUGCCACUACAAGAAUCACCAGAACUAAUGGCGGCGCAACCUUCUCCCACCCAAGAAAUGGCAGACCAGAUUCUUGAAUCUAUGGAUAUGGCUUCUCCUUCUCCAGUCAAACGACGACCCAAACCUCGACAUACACUUUCACUCGCUGAACGAACUCGUCUCACCAUGGCUCGCGGAUCAUUCGACUUUCCCGACAAUGAAGACAUUGAUAUAUCCCCACAAACAUCCGCAGAACCUGUUCCUGCAGAGGACCCCAGUCAGACACUUGUUGACGAUGAAAUUGAUCUCAUUGCUCGGACCCGGAAGAGUAUGGCUGGUUUCGAUAAGGCGAGACAGAAGGCCCAGAUGGACAGGCGACGUUCUCUACGAAAAAUCAAGGCACCCCCUAAGAAGGAGGGAAGUUACUUUCCCAAGGUGGAAGAGGAAGACAUGACCAUUAUUACUGAUGAACUGAUGGCUCAAGAGGAUAUGGAGGCUGUUUUCAGAUCACGACCCAAGAUCAAGGCCAGCCCUCUGCCAAGUCCGACCAAAGAUUGGGAUGACGACGAAUAUAUGUAG